CUUCAGCCUCUAGCGGACGCGUCAGCUAGCUAAGCAUUUCCUCCCCGACUUCCAGUACUCAGGCUUUAAAAUGCAGACCGACCCAUUUUUGCUUUGCCCCUCAUGUUACACAAGCUUUCCCGUCCGAUCUGAUUACCUUUCUUGGUAUCGUGUGCUGAUUCACCCCCUGCUGCUGUGCGAUGGUAUACAGAGGGAAGCCCAGUCCUGGCUGCGCCUUAUGUCGGGCGAGACGAUUAUUAUGCGAUCGACGUCGACCCUCAUGCUCCCAGUGUCUGCGAGUCAAUCGCGAGUGUUCGGGGUACCAAGAUCUACAAGCACUUCGCAUUCAUGAUCAAAGUCAAGAAACUGCAGCCAAGGUGCAGGCACAAUCUAAGGCUCGCCGCAGUGUACGAAAAUCCACAACACCUCCUACCACAGUCCAAUCGGCAGCAUUGUCCCAGUCCCUACCCCCCGCUAUUCCAUCUUCGAUGGCUGAGCAAGCCAUAGCUUAUACAUUCAAGCGCUAUGUGGGCACUACACAAAACCGUGGCUUGCUCUCGUACCUACCGCUGUUAUUAAGCGAGGACCCCUCUCCUGUGCUGCAAGCCACGAUCAGAGCCGUAGGGCUGGCUGGCAUGUCGAGGGCCCUCUCGCUGCCAGAGCUGAAAUACUCUGCUGGACUGGAGUAUGGCACGGCGCUGCUUGCGACGAGCCGGGCGUUGCAAGAUCUUGCUGUGGCUAAAAGGGAUUCCACUCUGGCAGCUGUUGUGAUGCUGAGUACAUAUGAGCUGAUAACAUGUGAAGGAUCAAAAGGUGGCCAUGAUAUCAUGAGAGGUUGGAUAAACCAUGUCCAAGGAUCAGCGAAGCUCCUUGAGCUACGAGGCACGGAACAAAUGAAAUCACCAGCUGGCCUGGCCUUGUUCACCCUUGUUCGUUUGCAAGUCGCAUUCAGCAACAUAUUCUGCAGGCAACCCAGCUCCCCCGAAAUCGCAAGUCUAUCCCUCGUUGCGAAAGCCCAUCGCGACAAUGACUCGCAAACAAUCGAAGACUUCUUCGACACUCUAGGUGAAUUAGCCGAUCUCUCCAUCGACAGCGACAAACCUUUCACAGAAGAAAACACAUCUGCGGACCCGGUUCUGAUAAUCAGGAAAGCACUGCACCUCGAUGCAGACCUGCUGUCAUGGUCGCUAUCAAUUAACUCUACCUGGAGGUACAAGGCCAUCGAAACACCUAGUCUCAACAACACCAACGAACACAAACCAUACUCCUUCUACCAUGGCAGUAGAUAUCACGUCUUCCCAAACAUCGACCUCGCCUCGAUGUGGAAUAACUAUCAUCAAGCACGCAUCAUCAUACACGGCAUAAUCAAGUCGAUGUGCGAGUAUCUCCUAGCGCUAGAUCCCGCACACGGCUGCCGCCAAACUCUCAUCCAGUCUAUCGCGACCUGCAAGCAAAUGAUAGAAGAUAUCUGCGCUAGUGUGCCAUACUAUCUUACUUCGGGCGAGACAGGUGUCGGGGGAUUACUACGGCUUUCAUGGCCAUUGUUCAUUGCAGCGGAUAGUUCUGUCUCGACGCCCGUCGAGAAGGAGUGGCUUCGGCAAACCCUGGAGAAAGUUGCGGAAAUUACUGGUGCUCAGCAGGCUCUUACUAUGGCGCAGUUUUUGAGAAAGGGGUGGGCUGUUCCUUUUAUUCCGGGUAAUGCGGGGAGGGGGAGGUUCCCAUUCCGAGGGCGGGCCUAGACUAAGGGAUUUUAAGUUGUAUAUGAC